UAUUGCAAGGUGACAGCAUUUUAAAGACGCAUUCACUUUCCGUCUGUCACAGGAAAGGCGAGCAAUGCAUGUCUUUAUGGGCGGAGUCAAGCUCUGGUACUACGCUUCCAUUGGCCAUUUUAUAACUCCGCGCAAAUAGUUCACUUCCGGGGUCUUAAUGUUUUGCGAAUGAAUUUGUCGGAAAGUAAGUGUGGUUUUGUACAAUUCUAACUGUAAUUUCAUGGCGAAGAGACACGCCGAGGACACUUUAUUUUCCAAACUACCGGCCAAGCGAAGCUUCAAAUCUCUUUGCCGGGUUGACCUGCAGUUUGAGAGCAUAGCUCCUCACCGGGAUGUGAGCCCAACGUGCACACCAGCUUCGUCGGAUGGUCAUUGCAGAAAAAGGUUGUGUUGCUUAGAAAAUCCAGAUGUGCAAGAAGAACGAAUAAUGUAUCCCAACAAGACCUUACAACUUGACUCUCUCAACAAAAAUGCGUCACAUGCGCAGACGUUUGAAAGUUUCUCCAUCACGUCGUCAUGUUCCAGGAAACGACGCCGAGAGGAGCCAGUUGAUUUAGAGACUGCAAUUGCUAAAGACAGCGAUAAAGCAGACACUGAUCCUGAGGAUUGCACUUACAACUCUUUUCAGUUCUGGAGGGCCCCUUUGCCUGAGCUGGACCUUUCACUGCUGGAUGAGUCCAGUGGACAGAGCCAAACAAAACACAGUUCAAAUGUCAAAAACUCUUGUGAUGCAAUGGAGACCUGAAAAUGAAGCAUGGCAGCAAGGUUGUUGUGAAUGCACCUAGAGAAAAACAGUCUGCCAGCAUCUUAUGACUCAAAUGUGAAAAAGUUGUAACUGUAGAUCAUAGUGCUCAACACAUUUGCCCGCUAUUUUAUCCGUCUCUAAGGUAGUUCUUUUUCUGCUGUAAAAAUAGCGUUGCAUCUUUGUUCUGUACAACAGUGACGUAUACCUUUCAUUUUAAUGGAUGAGCUUCUGGUUAUAUACUGUAGAACAUAUUGACAACAGUUUGUGCUAGAUAUUUAGAUACCAUCACAUAUGGGCUGAGUGCAUACUAUCCCGUUGGAUAAAUGAGAGAUUAAUUAAUCUGUUGUUUUCUAGUUAGGAUAAAAUCUCAGUCAUCUUUGCCAAUCAGAGCAAAUUCUACCAUUGCCUGUUUUGAUUGACAAUAAAAUAUUUCAUUUUUAUUACUUUGAAA